AAUAAAGUCAUUUAUAGGUAAUUCAUAAAAGAUGGCGUUAUCUAAAAUGGAUAUUCCUCACACAGCCCAACACUUUUUAGAAUGUGGCAUUGAAGAAUGUGAAAGAAACUGUGAAUUCUAUUGCAACCCUUGUCAUCAAAGAUUGUGUAAACAAUGCAGCGAGGAACAUCUGAAAAGUCCAGAAAACAGGAACCAUGAGGUGGUCCUUUACCAGCAACGCAAACGACAACUUCCUGUGGAGAAAUGCAAGAUCCACCCCACUAAAGAUGUGGACAUGCUCUGUGAAGAAUGUCAAGUUCCAGUAUGUUCCAAAUGUGCCACACAAAAAGAGCAUCGCGGGCAUACAUUCACUGAUCUAGAGACAAUUUAUGCAGAAAAAUAUGCAGAUUUUCAAGCGGAAAUUUCCAAGAUAGAAGACUACUUUCUACCCACAUCACAAGAUUUACAGAAAGAAAUCAAAAAAGAUUCCUCAGAAAUCAAACACAUCAUGGACAACAUCAGAACAUCUAUGAAGUCUGAAGGUGAGUCCCUGAAAAGACUGGUGGACACAGUCAUAUCUGAGAACAUGAAGCAGUUAGACCAGAUAGAGCAUUCACUGUUAGAAGAUCUAAACACCCAAGACAAGACCAUGGAGGAUUACAUCACUUAUCUUAAUAACCUUGUCAAAGAGCUCCACAGAUGCCUGUCCUCUACAGAAACCCAGAAAUUAAUGUCUGAGAAGAAACCAAAGAUCCAAUCCAUACCAGAGACAACAAAACCAGUCACACCAGGAUUUACUGCGGGUCAAUACAACAAAAGUGAUGUCACCAAAUUACUUGGUAAAAUACAGAUCCCCAAUGCUAAAGCAGAGAAGAGAGAAAUAAGGUCCAUUGAGAGUGUCUACAAUACAGCAAUGAAACCUACACAUAAAGAGAUGAAAGAAGAUAGAAAGAAAUCUGACAAGAAACAAACAUUGUCUCUAUCUGCCUCUGUCACCAAGGUCAGGGAGUUCAAUUUACCAGGUGUUGAUGGUGUAUUCCAUGUAUCACUAGAUCAAUCAGACAGACUCUGGAUCAGUGACAGUAAUGGUAAUCUUGUCCAAACAGAUCUACAGGGGAAUGUGACACAGAAGAUAAAAACCAGUGGUGGACGUGGUUACCACACAGUCACACGGGAUGGGGAUCUAAUCUUUACAGACUACAACAAGAAAGUCAUCAAUAGGAUAACAAAUGGUAAUAAUAUCACUGAAUUCAUUGAAACUGGAGACUGGAGACCACUCAGCAUACACUCCUCCCACAUCAACGGGGACUUACUGGUGGGAAUGGUUGGUAAAGUCACCAGGUACAACAAGACAGGAAAAGAACUACAGAACAUACAGAGGGAUAACAAAGGACAGCAACUGUAUAGAGCACCACACUACCUCACUGAAAACAUCAAUGGAGAUAUCUGUACAUCAGACUAUGAUAAAGGAGUAGUGGUGGUGAAUAAAUCAGGACAACACAGGUUCUCCUACACACGUCAGAAGUCAUUGUUCUAUCCCUAUGGAAUCUGUACUGAUGUCCUCGGUCACAUCCUGGUGUGUAAUGAAUACUUGUUCAGUAACACUGUUCACCUCCUUGAUCAGGAUGGUCAGUUCUUGUCUCUAUUACUCACAGAACAACAAGGGGUAAAGUAUCCCCGUAGUAUGUGUGUGGAUGAUGAGAACAAUCUCUAUGUGGGACAAUAUGGCUCCAACACACUGACAGUGUACAAGUAUCUACAGUGAUUAUUUGUUGUUCAGUGUUACAUGUAACAAAACACUCACAGUAUUAUACAUGUAUAUGUGUAUAUGUAUAUAUUAAAUCAAAAUAUACCCAUAUUUUUAUUUGCUUUCUACACAAAUCAUGACAUUUGUAAUUACUUUAUAAAAACAAUAAUUGUAUAGAAUUGCAUUUAUUUAGUUAAAAUACAUUUUAUAACUCACUUAUUAAUUUAUGGUAUUUUACUAAGACUUAGUGUAUAUAUAUUUCAACAGUUUUACCAUGUGUUAUGUUGAUAUUUCAAUACAAUAUCUGUCACCUAUGAAAUUAUUAGAUUUUAAAAUAAUAUAUACUGUUAGAAUCAUUCAUAAUUAUACACAACUUCAAACAGGUAGAAUGAGAUCAGAUUGCUUUUUUUUGUUAACAAAGUUUUGGAGUAUUACAAAUCUUUAUAUAAACAUUUUAAUAAAUUAAGAUAUUGUUUAAUAUUAAUAUUGUCUGUGUAGCUAGUGGAUUUACAGGCGUAGAUCUAGAACUUUUUAAGGGGACGGGGUCGCAGAGGAAAAGAAUUCUCUUAAUGUAUGUUUACAUAUAUUUAGUUAAACAAAAUAGGAUACAGGGAUGUAGUAUCGGUCGUUUUUAUUAAAAGUGGGAGAGGGUCAUGCAGCCUGGUAAAAAUGGAUACCUGAAAGUUUUGACGAAAGG